AUGCCAGUGGAAAUGAAUUUUGGUAGGGCAAUGUCUGAUCUCUAUAUGGUCAGCACAGGACAGCAACAGAACGCAAAUAUGCUAUUUCUGGAAGCAGCAGCUGCAUCUGCUGUUGGUUCAAUGAGUGGUUUACUCGGAACUGUAUCAGCUAACGGCGAAUUGGGCAGCGAAAUUCUAGAUAGUUCUAAGGCGGAACGAGGUGCGGUACCAUCAGCAUCUGUCACUGCAGAGGUUAUUGCGACCGGCUCUCCGAACAUUGUAUUCAACAAUGAGGAUGGAGUGAUCAGGAGGCAUGAUCGGCGCCUGAAAGGACGAUUUGCGGCCAACGGCAAAGCAGUAACUGUUGGCGAACACGUCGUCAAUCUUCUGAAC